AUGCUUCUCAAGAAUCUUCUUUUGGCUUCUGUCGUGGCUGCGGCUCCCGCAGACCUGAGAACCGUCAAAUACUGUAGCAGUGUCUUGCAUAUUGCUACAACUACGGUUCAGACCACAUCUACAUCGACGACGGCCAGUACCAAUAUCGUAACGACUACGAUUACAUCAACCGCAUGCCCAGCUCCAACAGCCGUUAAGAAGCGCGAGGCCUUUCCAACCACAGCAGUGAGCAAUGCAUCUCCAUCCAAAGCCAACCUGCCUGGAAUCCAGAAUUGUGGUGGCGCUCCUCUACCAGGCUUCGCUUGCUCACAAAUUUCUUCAGCAUGCAGCUGCUUGAAUUUGCCUACACCAGCCACAACCACCACUAUACCCACCAUGACUACUACCACGGUUACUUCUACGAUCACCUCUUGCGUGCCGCCACCAGUCCCUACAUGCGACCAGCUUUUCGUUUGCGGUGCCGACCUGCAAUCUUGCUCUGGAACUUCUGGUUGCUUCUGCUUCGGAAGCGACAAAAGGCCUAUCUGCGCCAAUAUUGCUGGUCUCCAAGGUCGUUGCAGCGACUAUCCAUCAUGCAACACAGAUGCGGACUGCGCUGCUAGUAGUGUGUGUGACCCGUUAUGCUGUGGAAGUGGACUUUGUUACCCAGUGGGUACUUGCACAAAUUCUGCAGUGCCUUCAAGAAUGUUCAGAAGACGAGGUACUGCAGGAAAGGGUUUGCGUUUGUUGGAGUUACUUUACAACCCGAAUUGGAGAGACGUUGUACCUGGGGCAGAUAGUGCAGCUCGGAUGUAA